AUGGCAGCAGUCAGUCCCGAUAUGCAGUUCGCUUCGAAGUUUGGGAAGAACAUCAUCCUCAAUGUGGUCAAUCUUUUGAGCGGCGGUAUCUUCUACGGGAUAUACAUAAUUUUGUUUUGCGCUGCUGCGGUUGUUCUGUGCCGCCGAGAAGGCAACGUACAAGCAAAAGCUAUGUUGCUGGUGGGCAUCGUCACGAUGUUCAUGAUGUCGUCCUUUGGUUUCUGGACCGACGUGACAGUGUUCUUUGCCGGCAUCCAAGAUGUCUUUGUUGACAAUGUCGGACAGCCUUUCGAGUAUAAGCAAGGGGUAUUUUCGGAACAGUUCAAACAUCUGGAUUCUGCCAAGCAAGUUAUACUUCCUCUCGAGGUCGUGGUAGGAGAUUCAAUCGUUGUCUGGAGGGCCUGCGCUCUCGGCUAUUAUGCUGGAAACCGAAAGGUUGUCUUUAUUCCCUUGCUACUCCUGCUUGGAUCGGCCGCCUGCUCAUUCACAUUCUUGGGUUGCUUCGCCCAACAUGACUGGCCCAUCGUCAACCCGGAUACGUGCAACUCGAUUGAAAUUUCCGCGUUCAGCCUGUCAAUCGCGACGAACAUCUCGGCUACAAUUGUUAUCGGAUUUAAAUUCUGGCGUUAUCGCCAGAUAGUCAGAAGGUUUCUUAGAACAUGCCAUGCCAAGCAACAAGCUCGGGUUGAGAGAAUUCUCAUCCUCCUUCUUGAAUCCGGUAUCAUUUAUUCCGUUCUAUGGAUCGUCCAACUCGUCGAAAUCCUUCUGCCUUUCCCGCCAACUCUUCCUGGACAAGUGGUUCAACAAAUUUUCGUGGCUGCCAGUAUCCAGCUUAUGGUAUGUUAUUACGAUCUCUUGCUCUUCGGAUGAUCUUGAUUUGGUGAUGCGCCCACUCUCAGGGCAUCUAU